CUCAUGGAGGCUUGAGGACAGCAAUGCUCAUCAUCAGCCGCCAACCACGAGAUCACAGGCAGGGGAAACACAUUAGGGGGGUUCUGCAGAAACGCUUUCGACCACUUUAAGUGAGUCAUAGAAAAACAUGGCUAAUCUCCUCAUUAGUGACGCUUAUACAUAUAGGGAUGCCUGAAUGUCAAGCAUGCUGACAAUCUCUCUGGAGUGCUGCCUGACUUUUAAUGGAGAUCUUGUUCCAUCAACAAGUGUUUGUUUCCCUCGCCUGCCUAUCUCCAAGUUUCUUUUCCUCCUCCCCAUUCUAUUGGAUGUUCAGCUGUUGUGCUCAGUAGCUCUUUUGUUUGCCAAAGCAUCCCUCGCAUUGCUCCAUGCCUGACUGGAGACAGUACCCGUUAGCACCUUCUUUAUGUCCUAAGAACUGCAUUCUGAGGAAAAAGGAAGAUCUGUCGACAGGAGGUGAGACCUGCGAGGUGUCACCUGAACUCCAGAGGGAUGGCUUUCCGCAGACCAGCUGCCCAGAGGAAAUCCCCAAGCUGGAGGAGAUCAGGAAACGAGUCUUACUGGGAGAGCUUAAUGUCAGAGGGGGAGUUUGUCCCCAACCCGCAACGUGCACCCCGACCCCAAAGCGCCAUCGAAGGGGCCCGGCUGGACGACUGGCUGGAACACCUGCAAACCCUGCAGAACCCGACAGAAGCUCCCCCUUUGCACGAUCGGACCACAACCACGAGGCGGAUGGGCGAUCCCUCCUACAGCAGGCGCUCGUCUUCAUGUGAGAGUUCCAAUCUGGGAAGCCAGGAGUCCAUUCCAGCUGGGUUCAUUCCUAUUUCAGAGCACAGAAGGAGCUGGGAGAGAGCGCACAUCAUGGAGGCCCCCCAGAAAGAGCAAGCUCACCUUUGUAGUCUCUCUCCAGUCAAAUUUGGGUGGUUGCCAAUACAGAGAAAAGUGAUGGGGUUGGAUGAUGGGAGCACCCCAAACCAGAUGUUGGACCAAUGUCCUGGCCAGCUGAGGCCCAAACAACCCAUCACUCCAACACUGCAGAAGAACCGAGCACCUCUCUAUGGUGGCGGGGAGAGAAGUCACACCAGUUCCGGAGCUUUACGUGGAAGGACGUGGUGGACGCGUGAUCCAGGCUCCCCAUCUGAUAAAGAGGUGCCAGAAAAAAGUAAUCUUCCUGAUAAUGAGAAGGACAGACCCCUCAGCUGGCAAGCUUUAAGGAGGGGUUGGAUGACCAGCAGGACGUCCGUUCUCCCUGGAGUCAACAGGAACGAUGACCUUCUCUCUGGGACCAGUUCAGACCAAAGCAGGAAGUCUCCUUUGCUGAAUACUAACAGCCCCAAACCUUCCCACCACUCACCUUUUAUUUGCACAGCUUCUGCUGAUCCCUACAGUCAUCAUCCCACUUUGCUCCAAGGCGAAACGGGCGCGCUCAAGCCACACAAGCCUUUGCAAAGGACACACAGUCUUCAGCCUCUGAAGGCCACGACCCCUCUGACUCAGAAAGGCAACGCAGAACCUUCACAGGCAGGUUCAGAGGUGACUACUUUGAUACCUCAGAACAAAACCAGCAUCUCCUCGAUCACCAUCUCCUCCAGAAAAGUGAGCAGAACAGCCAGUCUACCUGGAUGUACCACCAGCACUCCUUCAUCCCAGACUUCCAGUUCCCCCUCUCCCACCUUAGAUGAACAGCCCAUGGAUCCAAACUCCAGGCAGCUGAGAGUGCAAAGGAAGGCCACUAUCGUCAAAGUCACAGAGCAAAGGGUCACAUCCAGUGCUGCGCCAAACAUUGUCAGGGCCAAGACUCCACCCGAGGGCCAAGGGUCGGACACCGUGGUCCGCAGAAGAAAGGCCACCAUCAUCAAAGUGACAGAGCACAAGGAAAGCUACAGUCCAGCCAAGGCUCCAUUCAGAAAUCCAGAGUACAGACACAGCUACACAGAGGGAGUGUUUCAGAAUAAAAGCACAUGGGGUCAAGGAAGCCAUUCAGGAAGCAACGGAGUCCGUUUGAUUUCCCCUUCAAACUCCAUCUCUCGACCAAACACUUCAGACACAGAGAAACAUGACACUCUGCACACAUCGACUCUGAGUCUCUUUGUGAGCAAACCUGCUGUCACAGCAGGGCCUGUUUUCUCAGAAGUUUCUCCAAAAGCUUCUGGACGGAGAUCGGACACACUGCACAGACCGCUGAGCUGCUACGGCAAAUUAACUGGGCACUUUGAGUCGAGCCAGGAGAACCGAGCCCAAACAGAUGCCAGGAAAUGGAGCCUGGGAUUUGUUCAGGGGACUCACAGAAACUCUGGGGGCAGUGGAUCCAUCAACACUAGCCGUGCAGCCAGGGAAGCAGGUCAGUCGGGGGCUGACACCCAGACGGCAAACCGGGAGGAAAAAGUGAGAUUAGAACCAUCAGUAGAUAGAAUGCGGAGAACGUCACCAAGUCUAACCCUCAUCAAGGCCCCUGAUCCCCAUUCCCAUCAAUCUCAGGCGGAAGUUCUUGCCCUAAAUGCAGCUGCCAUCAUCGCAAACAUCAAACUCCAGAGACAAUUCAAUCAGAGGAGGAUAUCAAGUGACAAUUUGGAGGAGUCCAUAGCGUCACCCCAAGGAGAUCCUGAGUUUAAGGAGGAGAGGAAUACAAAGCUCCAUCCUGAGCAGAAUGAUCACAACAAGAAGCCUCUUGCUACGUUUGUGCCGCUGAGGCUCGACCAGCAAAGGUCAGAUGACACCAUUUCUCUUCAGCAGGCACUGCAGCUGUCCAGACCAGACUUCAUCUUUCAGUCCCAAAGCAGAGUGCGAGAGUUGGAGCGAAAGGCCCAGGAGAGGAAGCAGGGCUCGGGUUUUGGGGACCAGCAGAUGGGCGCUGAGCUCAGUCAGAAGGGAGACUCCAGCACCCAGUGUACCUCUGUGAAUGGUGACCCAUUUAAACCCAGAGGCAGAGCCACUAUGCAACCCCAAAUGCAUACCGGAUCCCACAAGUGAGCUCCAUCUUCAUUCAGAGACAACUGGUUCCUCUUCGUCAUAAGCAGUUUUGUCCCCUUUAUUGCACAACUUUUGAAGUACCUGUUUAUAUUUUAAUUCACCAAAAGAAAUGUAUGCUACUUUUGUUUUCUUUUAUCCGGACUCAGGUCCCCCCCCCCCCCCCCCCCCCCCCCCUUAAUUUUAUGUUACUUUUGUUUUGUAUUUUCUUACUCAAACUGCCAUUAAAAUUGUUCACAUUGUAUCCUCAUAUACAAUUUCAAAAAUAUCAAUUUUUUUUGAUUGCAUUUAAAAAUAAAAAUAUAAAUAACAUUGGGGAAAAAA